UCGUUGUUCAGCUUUCCCGAUAGUGCGCACAGGCACAGUUAUUUGCGGCUUGUGUGUUUCACUCUAGGAGUACCAUUGGCUGUUGGUGGGUGUGCGGUACGGGAACCUCGCGCACAUCCACAUGCGCCACCGCACAGGAUGGCGCAGGAAGAAAAGCGGCUAAUGUGAUGGUACUGUGGUGGGCUGUGGUUGGUCCCCAGCCUUCCACCCACGCCAGCCAGGUUCCCGUGGUUGCUUAUUUCAAAGCGACGAUUGCCGAUCAGUUGGGUUAGUCUGCGCCUUCUGUCCACAUCUAGCCCACGUUUUUGGACCGGCGCACGUUUCUUCGAACCUUGCUUCGACUUUCAGCGCUGUGGGUUCUACGUUUUCCCUGCUUGGACUGUUAACUUUCGCGGAUUUCUUUUCUCACCCAACUAUCUCAGACGACGCUCACCAGAGAAAUGAGCCACGAAUCAGAAUCACAUGUGAAGAUUUCCCGCACAAUUUAUCGAGGUGUUUCGCCUAGCACGGCUCGCUUGGAGAGCCGCGUUCGUGAACUGGAAGACAUGUUAGAUUUAGAAAGGGAUGCACGAGUUCGAGCAGAGCGCCAUGCGGCCGAUAUGAGUUUUCAAGUGGACGCACUUUCCGAACGACUGGACGAAGCAGGCGGUAGCUCAAGUCAAACUAACGAGUUGUUGAAACGACGUGAGAUGGAGAUUAACAAACUGCGAAAAGAUUUGGAGAACGCCAACGCUGCGUUGGAGCUUGCCGAGACCUCUAUGCGCAGAAGACACCAGAAUGCACUCAACGAAUUGGCAGCCGAAGUGGAGAACUUACAGAAACAAAAGGGAAAGUGCGUUUAUUAUGAGAACUUUGAUUCCAAUGCCAAAUAUCGGUUUGUUAUUGCUCAUUUGAAGUGUCAUUUAUAA